AAUUACAGAGCACCCCUUCUCCUGAAACAAUUAGCGGUCUAUUCGGCUUCCGCGCGGCCCAGUUCUCCCACUCCUCAGGGCUCAGGCCGCCAAAAUUGCCUCCUCCCCAACUCCCUCGUGCUCCCGACCGCCGCCUCCACGCCUCCCGCCGGCCUUCCUCGCCUCCUCCAAAACCCUAGACCCCAGCCGGCGUCCGCAUCGCCCCGAUGCGGCGAGCCUUCGAGGAGAUCUCCGACGACGAGUGGUCGCACCACACCUUCAAGCCCUCGCGUGUCCUCAAGCGCCCCCACCGCAGUGCCCAGCUGCCCUCGCAGCCUCCGCCGCCGAUCGAUUCAUUCCGCUACGACCCUAAGGCUUCCUCCCCCGCCGGCACCAGCGCUGCAACCGUCGUCCUCUCCGACGACGACGACGACUUCGACCUAGGCGAGGACGAGCGGCCGCGCCACACCGCGAAGAGCCAACGCGUCCUCAAGCGCCCGCAGCACAGGCCCCCUUCGCGGGCCGCUCCGUCGAUUGACUCCUUUCGCCACAAUCCUAAACCCUCCAAGGCCACGGCCAGCGUCGGGCUCUCCGACAGCGAGGACGACGACCUCGACCUCGCAGACAAUGACUUCGACCUAGACGAGGACGAGCGGUCGCGCCGCACCGCGAAGAGCCAACGCGUCCUCAAGCUCCCGCAGCACAGGCCCCCUUCGCGUCCCCCUCCGUCCAUCGAUUCCUUUCGCCAUGAUUAUAAAUCCUCCAAGGCCUCCGCCACCGUGGGCCUCUCUGACAGCGAGGACGAGGACUUCGACCUCAUAGACGAUGAUUUCGACAUCCCCGCUUCGAGGACGUCACGCGCACAGCACAUGCCCCCUUCGCGGGCCCCUCCGUCAAAUGACUCAGUUCGCCACAAUCCUAAAUCCUCCAAGGCCUCGGCCACCGUGGGGCUCGCCGACAGCGAGGACGAUGACUUCGACAUCCCCAAUUCGAGGACAUCACGCCCGCGUAGCACCACUGGUCGCCGGUUGGCCACUGCCGCCAUUGACAUCUCCGAGGAAGACGAAGACUUAGACCUCGCAGAUGAUGACUUUGACUACCAGGACCCUAGAUCUUCGCUGCCACGCCGCACAACUGGACGCCGCUUUGUGAUUGGGAGCGAUGAUGACAGUGAUGGGCCUGUGACUGCAGGGGUGGUGGACGGGGAGGAGGAUGAUGGGAUAGAUUGGUCGGAGUUGGAGAACGAGGAUGGCGAAGAUGAGGACUACAAUGGGGAGAAAAGUGUCGGUAUGGAGGAGCGAGAAAGGGACGUGGUGGGGAUGGCGUUACGCAAGUGCUCACGCAUCUCGGCAGAUCUGCGACAGGAGCUUUAUGGUUCAUCAGCGCGGAAUUGUGAAAGCUAUGCUGAGAUAGACGCUUCCACUUGCCGGAUUGUUACUCAGGAAGAUGUGGAUGCUGCAUGCACAAGCAAGGAGUCAGGAUUCGAGCCGGUGUUGAAGCCGUAUCAGCUCGUGGGAGUCAAUUUCCUCCUUCUGUUGCAUCGGAAAAGCAUUGGCGGAGCAAUUCUGGCUGAUGAAAUGGGUCUUGGGAAGACAGUACAGGCUGUCACUUAUCUUACUCUGUUGCAACAUCUAUAUAACGACCCAGGGCCACAUCUGAUAGUUUGCCCAGCUUCCGUGUUGGAAAAUUGGGAAAGAGAACUCAGGAAGUGGUGUCCUUCAUUUUCGAUCAUCAUGUUUCAUGGUGCUGGAAGGACUGUCUACUCAAAGGAGUUAAGCUCCUUAGGCAAAGCCGGUUGUCCAGCUCCAUUUAAUGUCCUUCUUGUUGGCUACUCACUUUUUGAAAGACGGAGUGCUCAACAAAAGGAUGAUCGCAAGGCCCUCAAAAGAUGGCCAUGGAGUUGUGUUUUGAUGGAUGAAGCACAUGUUCUGAAAGAUAAGGGUAGCUUCAGAUGGAAAAACCUGAUGGCUGUUGCACAGCAUGCUCGUCAGAGGCUAAUGCUGACGGGAACUCCACUCCAAAAUGAUUUGCAUGAGCUAUGGUCAUUACUGGAGUUCAUGAUGCCUGAUAUAUUUGCUACUGGAGAUGUUGAUCUGAAGAAGCUAUUGAAUGCAGAAGACCAUGAGCUAAUUUCACGUAUAAAGUCCAUUUUAGGGCCAUUUAUUCUUAGACGUUUGAAGUCAGAUGUUAUGCAGCAGCUUGUUCCGAAAAUACAACAUGUUAAGUUUAUUCUCAUGGGCUCAGAACAGUCUAAAGCUUAUAAUAAUGCCAUAGAUGAAUACCGUGCUGCUUGUCAGGCUCGUAGUGCAAGGUCUUCAGUCAACAUUUCCAAUAAUGUUGUUGGAUUGAUUCCAAAGCGUCAAAUUUCGAACUAUUUCACGCAAUUUCGCAAGAUUGCGAAUCAUCCUUUGCUUAUAAGGCGUAUUUACAGCGACAAAGAUGUCGAUCGAAUUGCAAGGUUGCUCUACCCUAAAGGUGCAUUUGGUUUUGAAUGUUCCUUGGAGAGAGCAAUCCAAGAGCUAAAGAACUACAAUGAUUUUUCUAUCCACCAACUAUUAAUAUCAUAUGGUGAUGCGGGCACAAAGGGUUCCCUAACAGAUGACCAUGUUCUUGGGUCAGCAAAAUGUCAGGCCUUAGCGGAGCUUUUACCUUAUCUAGCAAAUGAUGGUCACAGAGUACUCAUAUUCAGUCAGUGGACCACAAUGCUUGAUAUCCUUGAAUGGACACUGGAAGUAAUAGGAGUUACAUAUAGGCGUCUUGAUGGGGGCACCCCUGUAAUAGAAAGACAGACUAUAGUGGACACUUUCAACAAUGAUCAUUCUAUAUUUGCAUGUUUGCUUUCUACAAGAGCUGGAGGCCAGGGGCUGAACCUAAUAGGAGCUGACACAGUCAUAAUACAUGACAUGGAUUUUAACCCUCAGAUGGAUCGGCAAGCUGAGGAUCGCUGCCAUCGCAUUGGACAGCAGAAACCUGUCACUAUCUAUAGGCUAGUGACAAAGGAUUCAGUUGAUGAAAACAUCUACGAGAUUGCAAGGCGAAAGCUAGUAUUAGACGCCGCAAUUCUUCAAUCUGGAUCAGAGUUUGACAAUAACAGUGAUGUACCAGAGAUGACAAUGGGAGAGAUUUUGGCUUCUCUUCUCCGGGUGUGAAGUUCUUAUCAUGGAGUGUCUUGACGGUAUUCAAUUCCAUCUGUGGGAUAUCCUUAGAUAUUGGUUAUUGGCCUUCAUUUAAAGCUGGCCACUCUGGCUAAUUUCUUGGGGUCCUAAAAUUUGCAUCCGUGAUGCCUUUUUGCCAUGGACCUCCAUUUGUCAGCAUCUGCCUUAUCCAUAUUUGGUUCUAUGAAUGACCUUCUACAAACCGCUUAUAGUCAAUGUGCUUCAGGCUCUGACAUAGUGUUUAAGCUUACUCUAGGUUGUGAUGGAGACUGAUUUCCUUUUCUCCUGUAGGAAGGACUGAAAUCUGAAAAAGUCAUACAUUAGUACCAAAGGAAGUUACAACAUAUUUUAAAUGAAAUGUAGAAUAGUUGCAAGUUGCAACUAUAUAGCA